GCCAUAACCUUUGAAUGCGCAUGCGCGGAACCUGUCGCCCUUUCGGCUGCGUCAUCGUUGUGCGCCGGGUCGAGUCCCACGUAGAAAGCCGUCGACGGACCCGGCGCUCUCCCCUCAGCUUUGAGCCGCCUCUGCCGGGGUUGAUACUCGGUGUUCCUGAUCCGACUCGUCGCCAGAAGCUCUCGGGUUGCCGAUGAACGGCGCCAUGGCCGCGUCCUCACACCGGAUAACGUUAGGCCCGUUGGUUGCUGCCAUCGACCAGGGCACGAGCUCCACCCGGUUUCUGGUAUUUAAUUCAAAGACGGCAGAGCUCCUCAGCCAUCAUCAGGUGGAAAUCAAACAGAGUUUCCCCAAAGAAGGAUGGGUGGAGGAAGACCCCAAAGAAAUCCUGCAGUCGGUGUACGAGUGCAUGGAGCGGACGUGUGAAAAGCUCACCCAGCUCAACAUCGACAUCUCGAACAUUAAAGCUAUCGGAGUGACCAACCAAAGGGAGACCACGCUUGUUUGGGACAAAGAGACCGGGGAGCCCCUCUACAAUGCCAUUGUUUGGCUGGACCUGCGGACUCAAUCAACAGUCGAACGUCUAAUCAACAAAACUCCAGGAAGGAAUAAGAACCACUUGAAGCACAAGACGGGGCUCCCGAUCAGCACUUACUUUAGCGCAGUGAAACUUCGCUGGAUGAUGGACAACGUGGACGAGGUCCGCGACGCCGUCGUGUCUCACCGCGCCAUGUUCGGCACCGUGGACUCCUGGCUCAUCUGGUGCCUGACUGGGGGCAAGUCGGGCGGCGUCCACUGCACGGAUGUGACCAACGCCAGCAGGACCAUGUUGUUUAACAUUCACACGUUGGACUGGGACCCAGAACUUUGCGAAUAUUUUGGUAUUCCCAUGGAGAUCUUGCCCAGAGUGAGGAGCUCAUCAGAGAUCUACGGUCUCAUGAAAAUUUGUUCUAGCCGGAAAUCUGGAGCUCUUUCCGGUAUCCCCAUUUCAGGGUGUCUCGGGGAUCAGUCGGCCGCGCUGGUUGGACAGAUGUGUUUUCGGGACGGGCAGGCUAAAAACACGUAUGGAACGGGCUGCUUUCUCCUGCGGAACACGGGACCCAAGCCCGUGAUGUCCGACCACGGCCUCCUGACCACCGUGGCCUACAAACUCGGCCGAGACAAACCUGCCUGCUACGCACUCGAGGGCUCCGUGGCCAUCGCCGGAGCUGUGGUCCGCUGGCUGCAGGACAACCUGGGCAUCAUCGAGUCAUCCGAAGAGCUCGAGAAGUUGGCCGCGUCCGUCGGUACGUCCUACGGCUGUUAUUUUGUUCCUGCUUUUUCCGGCCUCUACGCUCCGUACUGGGAGCCCAGUGCAAGAGGCAUCAUCUGUGGGUUAACUCAGUUCACCAACAAGAGGCACGUGGCGUUCGCUGCCCUGGAAGCCGUGUGCUUCCAGACUAAAGAGAUACUGGACGCCAUGAACCAGGACAGCGGCAUCCCGCUGACUCAGCUCCAGGUGGACGGAGGAAUGACGUCCAACAGGCUGCUGAUGCAGCUGCAGGCGGACAUCCUCUGCAUCCCUGUUGUGAAGCCGUCCAUGCCCGAGACCACGGCUCUCGGUGCGGCGAUGGCGGCGGGCGCGGCGGAGGGCGUGAGCGUGUGGAGCCUGAGCCCGGAGGACCUGAGCGAGGUCACCUCGGAGAAGUUUGAGCCGCAGAUCAACCCCGAAGAGAGUGAGUUCCGGUUCGCUCGGUGGAAGAAGGCGGUGCAGAAAUCCAUGAACUGGGAGACGACGGAGCCCGUUGGUAACGGAAACGGCGAGCCCAGUAUCUUCAGCAGCGUGCCGCUGGGCCUCUACGUCAUGGGCAGCCUGCUGAUGCUCGUCGGUGCCAAAUACAUCUCAGGCCCCGACUAGACCGGUGCAGGGAAGAGGAAUCGAACGCCCGUCACGCCGGACCGAGUUACCGAAUACCAGGACGACUUUGAACCAUUGAGACUUUCUUUUCUUUUUUCUUCUCUGCAGCAGACGUUGGUACAUUGGAGAUUACUUUGGGUGUGCAUGCAGUAUUUAAUGUGUAAACAACAUCAUGUGUGUAUUCUUUCAGCAGUCGUUUCAAAGCCUCCACUUUGAGGCACAGAGCACUUUAUGUUUGUCUUGUGGGAUCUGUGUACUAACAGAGUUUAAUAUAUAUUUUUUCUAACAGUUGGGAUUAAGACAGAAAUUAAGAUAAGUGAUGGUUAUUGAGUUUUUUUGUUUAGAGAAAGCUCUCUAUUGAUAUUGAUGUUCUUAAACUGUAAACAACCUAGAAAGACACACGUGGUCGUCUUUAAACAUUAAACAUCCUCCCAGUUUAACUACAACGAUCAAUAAGUGACGAGCUCAAGCUGUUAAUGCGUGAUUUAUUUUGUAGAUCAAGUCUUCAGAUAAUCUGACCCAUUAUGGUUCAAAUCUCCAGUUUUUGUCUUUUAUACCAUCAUCAAAAUGGCAGAAUGUGUUAUAUUUAUUUUUUGGUCACAAAUUUAUGUGGUUUAUGUUUAAAUCAGAACAUUUUUUGGGGGUUUCAUCCACAGAACUCUUUAUUGCACCUUAAUAUUAAACAUUUUAAUUGAAGAUAUAACUCAAAAGGGAGAUUUAAACCAUAUAAAAACAAAGAUGAGGUCACGAAUGUGUAUUUAUUGUUUGCAGGGAUGAGAGGACUGCCAUCAAAGUGCUCUUUUGGGGGCGUAACCACAACUCAAUAAUGUAUAUUUAUGAAUGUAUUGAACAUAAUGGGGAAAAAAAGUCACCUUUCAUGCUCAAAUGCGCUCUGACAUUUGAUAAGCAACAUGCAGGACGAUAUGUGUCCACACUUUGGCCACGCCCCCUUUGGCCACGCCCCCAUUCUCUUGAGCAAGACAGGUUCAGUUUCACGUGUAAUGUGUUUAAAAUGCUGAUUUUCAUCUUUCUUUCUUUUCUUUUUUUUAUAUACACGAUGU